UUUAUAUAUAUGUAACUCGCGAGCUGGUCUCGACUCUCCGCUGCUACACUCGUAUAUACACGCACACAUCGAUAUAUAGUGCUGUGCGCCGUGCUGUGCUCCGAAAAAGCCAUAUCGAAGAGAGCCAGCUAUACACGAGAAAGUUUUUUUCCGCUAAACAUUCAGAACUGUCUGUCGUCCGUUGGUUUUCCUUGAAUAAAGUGUAACCAAGCCAGCAAAAUGCCAUCAGACGCCAAGAAGAAGCAGCAGGCCAAGAAGAAGGAGGCAGCGAAGGCGCGUCAGUCCGGCAAGAAGCCCGCGACGUCGUCCAACGACGCCAACAACAAGAACAACGAGAACGCCGAGACCAAGCAGAACGGCGACAGCAACGGUACCCUCGCGCUCAGCGCAGAAGAGGCACUGUGCGCCAAGCUGGAGGCUGAGGCGCGCUUGAGCGCGGAGGCCAGAGCGUGCACAGGCUCCCUGGCUUCUCACCCACGUAGUCGAGAUAUCAAAAUUUCAAAUUUCUCCGUCACCUUCCAUGGCAGCGAGCUCAUGCAGGACACUAUGCUCGAGUUGAAUUGUGGUCGUCGCUAUGGUCUUCUCGGUGCCAACGGCGCUGGUAAAUCCACACUUCUCUCAGUUCUUGGAAACCGCGAGGUGCCUAUUCCAGAAGCCAUUGAUAUCUUUCAUUUGACCAGAGAGAUUCCAGCUAGCGAUAAGACAGCCCUGAAGUGUGUCAUGGAGGUAGACGAGGAGAGAAUUAGAUUAGAAAAAAUGGCUGAGGAGUUAGUUCAUUGUCCGGAUGAUGAUGCUCAAGAGCAACUCAUGGAUGUCUAUGAAAGAUUAGACGACAUGUCUGCUGAUACUGCAGAAGCUAGAGCUGCUCACAUCCUUCAUGGUCUGGGCUUUACUACCAAAAUGCAGCAGACUCCAACCAGAGACUUCUCUGGAGGAUGGAGAAUGAGAAUUGCUCUUGCCAGAGCUCUGUAUGUAAAGCCACAUUUACUUCUUCUCGAUGAACCCACGAACCAUCUUGAUCUUGAUGCUUGUGUAUGGUUGGAAGAAGAAUUGAAGACUUAUAAGAGAAUUUUAGUAAUAAUAUCUCAUUCACAAGAUUUCCUUAAUGGAAUUUGUACAAACAUAAUUCACCUGAAUAAGAAAUGUUUGAAGUAUUAUACUGGUAACUACGACGCUUUCGUCAAAACUAGGAUGGAAUUAUUGGAGAAUCAGGCUAAGCAAUACAAUUGGGAGCAGGAUCAGAUCGCUCAUAUGAAAAACUACAUUGCGCGAUUCGGUCACGGUUCCGCUAAGCUCGCUCGUCAAGCUCAAUCCAAGGAAAAGACCCUUGCCAAGAUGGUCGCCCAAGGUCUGACUGAAAAGGUGUCGACCGACAAAACGUUGAACUUCUACUUCCCGUCGUGCGGCACAAUCCCACCACCUGUUAUUAUGGUACAGAACGUGAGUUUCCGCUACAGCGACGACGCACCCUGGAUUUACAAGAAUUUGGAGUUCGGUAUUGAUUUAGAUACUAGGUUAGCUCUUGUGGGGCCCAAUGGUGCUGGCAAAAGUACACUUUUGAAACUUUUGUACGGAGAUUUGGUACCCUCGAGCGGUAUGAUCAGAAAAAACAGCCAUCUUCGUAUCGGCAGGUAUCACCAGCACUUGCACGAAUUGCUCGAUUUGGACGUGUCUCCGUUGGACUACAUGUUGAGAGCCUUCCCUGAGGUCAAGGAACGCGAGGAGAUGCGUAAAAUCAUCGGUCGUUACGGAUUGACCGGCAGACAGCAGGUCUGCCCCAUUCGUCAAUUGUCGGACGGUCAGAGAUGUCGAGUUGUAUUUGCUUGGCUAGCUUGGCAGUGCCCACAUUUGCUCUUGUUCGACGAACCUACCAAUCACUUGGAUAUGGAGACCAUCGAUGCCUUGGCCGACGCCAUCAACGACUUCGAAGGUGGAAUGGUUCUCGUUUCUCACGACUUCAGAUUGAUCAAUCAGGUCGCCGAAGAAAUUUGGAUAUGUGAAAAUGGCACCGUCACCAAGUGGCAAGGCAACAUUCUCGAUUACAAAGAGCAUUUGAAGACUAAAGUGAUCAAGGACAACGCGAAGCGCGCGAAAGAAAUGUCCGGCCGGCCAGGCGGCGGUUUCUAAAUCAAUAAAUCGAUUCAAACUAAAAGAAACGCCAUCUCUUUUUAAACUGCUGACAUUUCAAAAAGAAAAAAUGGAAAAAAAGGCAAAAAAAAAAAACAAGUUAUAACUGUAACUAGAUUUUAUCAAGUAAAAAAGUGAAAUGGGAAAUUUUUUUAAAAACAAAUUUUCGCUGCUGUGUAGCGAUAAGCUUAUACUCCAACAAUAGCUAAUUUAACUUUAUUGAAAAAAAAUGAAUAAUGAUAAUAAUAAUAAAAUAAUUGUGGGCGAUCUUAUAACUAAAAAAAGUGAUUGCUGAAUAUUCACAAUAUUUUAAUUGUAUCUAGGCACGUAAUUGAGGAAAAAAAAUGUAUUUCGACUUGUAAUAAGUAAGAAAAACCGUCUCUCGUGACGUGGAUGAUGAAGAAAGGAGAGAGAGAGAAAGAAAUUUUACGAAACAACUUGCAAUAACUAAAGUAAUUUUUUUUUAUUUGUAUAAAAUAAACGAUUUUUGUCCGGAAGGUUGAAUCAUGCAAUUGCAGCUUGAAAAAA